AUGGAUCUCAGUCGCCGCAUUCUAUGCUUUAUUUUGUACGGCGGCCUGGCUGUCCUCGCAGAAGCUACGCUGCCGGGACAUAGUACAUGUAUAGCCAGUUCUUCAGCCAGCACUCCGGUCACCGCUCCAACUAGCACUACACCGUCCUUUCCAUCGACCCCUCCACCUAUUGUGUACCAAUGGCUCUAUGGCCUUGUUGCCCCCGACUGGGACGGUAUGAACUGCUCUCUUCCUGCUGCAACUGACAGUGACAUGGACCCCUUGGAGCGGUGGGAGCAGCUCAAAGUCGAAGAUGCAUGGAAUGCUGCGGUAGACAAUUGGAACACCAAGGGUAAUGACGGCGGAACGCAAUUCUCCCAGUCACUCGGCUCGUUUUUCGAAUAUACGGAAACCCUGUUUUGCGAGAACCUAGCCGAUAAUGAUGGCUGCUCCAACCUCCAAGUCAAGUGUGAUGAGUUUAACCACCCUGCUGGGUACAUGAUUGUACUCUCCAUGAUCUGGCUUGAGCGUCAAUACUUGGGAAUUAAUAGCGCUAUCACCGCGGGCAGUAAUGCUGUUUCCGAGCAGCUUUCGGAUAUGCUUGGGACCUUUGCCCCUUUGAAAGAGGAGGGUCUUAGUGUUGACAAUAUAAUCUUGGAUAUCAUUAGCCUGGGCUUUUCCCUCUCUAUGUCACCGAUGUGGAAUAAAGGUAAGUCUACCUAUACUGAAUGA